AUGGACUACGCAAAGCUCCUCGGCAAGGACGUGACACAGGAGAUCCACGCCCUUUUCACCGAGGCAAUUGACCCGGCGCAGUUUCUGGCCAAUUUGGCCAAGGCGUCUGAGCCGUUGUGGAGACCGAGUCCGGCUCCAGUGGCUGGUAUAGAUAGGAUCUUUCGAUAUGGAGUACACCUUUUGGGCGAGGCCGUGGACUACCAGCCUGAGGAGGCCGAACGGUUGCAGCCGCCGAAGAUUGUGGAGAACGAUCUGGCGAGGGAGUCGUCUGAGGACGAGGAGGAUAUCACUGCUCAGUCUUUGGCAAGAGACGAGAACGGGAGUGCUCAUGAUAUUUCGGCAUUGCCGGCGCCACGGAAAUCGUUGGCAAGGGAAACUGAAGGAACAAGUGACGGAGUGGACUCAGGCUUGGGCCUGGCCUUGGGCCUGGGCUCAGAUGGUCCCAAGGAAAGACGUGAGUCUGUGGUGAGUAUCUCUGAAGAUACCGUGGAGCUGCCUCCGUUGGGCGAGCUUGAUGUGGCUGCUCGGAACUUGCUUGUGACAAGAAUUGCGUCGGUGCUUCGGCUUUGGUUCGGGAACCUCUGGGAGGCAUCGAAGAAGAAUAAUUUGGACGCUGUGGGGAUCGUUUUUGAUGUUCCUGGCUCCAAGGGCAGACUUACAGAAAAGCACUUGGCUGAGUUGUUGCUUAGGGUUAAAUGGUUCAUGGAUGCGGUGUUGAACCUUCCAAAGUCCCAUAUCGGGUACCUAGGGUCGUUUAAAGAGCUUAUCUUGCUUAUUCACGAAAUCCUUAGAGGCUUGUACAAGGCAAUUGCGUUGGAGAGAGAUAAACCUGGCUCCAUGCGCUUUUUAAUUGUUAAGAGCGUCCUUCAUUCUUUCUUUAAAGUGGAUUUCUCCCAAACACUCGAUAAUAUCAAUGCUCAGACGUGGAAGAGCACAGAACAGAUCGAGCAGGCUGGUGCUUCCAAAAACGACAUUCGUCUAUCCUACGAGACCUUGAUGCAGCUUUAUGUGAUCCAGGGCUCCUUGGCAAGCAGCCCGGUGAACAUCCUCCUUCUAGAUAAGGUCUCUUUGUCGUUGGAUAUCACCACCAUUAGAACGACCUCACCUAAUAUCUACACCAACUACUUUUCCUACAAAAACUUUGAGGAUCCUGAAGUGCUCAGCCAUUACUCGUCUCGUAUAGUGCCGGUGUUGGCUGCCAACUUCAAUUACUUCUACGGUCUCAUGGAUGACAUGCAAUCACACACAUUAAACCAUUCGUCCUUCUUUUCGUGGAUUACGGGCCACAAACUCAGUGGAAGUGGUUACAUGUCUAUUGACACGGCUGAACAAGUGACGAGCUUGGAAAAGAACUGCAAGAACUUAAGUUCGGUGAAGAAGUUGAAACAUGAUCCUUUGCUUGAAGAGAUACUUCGUUUCGAAUGCACUUCUAGACUUAACGCAGUGGGAGUGAUCCAAGCAGAAGAUGAAAGGGCCUUGAGAGCUCCAGGAUUCUUGAACGUCACUCUACUCAUAUAUUCAUUGCUGCAGAACCCUACCUUCAUAAAAGUGUUGACCACUCAAAAUGAAGAGAAACUCGAGUCAGUGUCUAUCUUGAGACUCUGGCUUUGUGUUUCAUCGUAUGUUCUUCAUCACCAGGUGAGGCUGAAGAUAAACACCUUUAGUGCGAGGUUAGUGCUCCUAACACUCCUUAAGCUUGUCCUGAAAAAGUCCGGACCGAUGGAGCAGCUCAAAACCAUGACAAUUAACGAGUUCAAAUGGAAGCUUUGUCAUCACAGAUCGCCUGUUGUGCCUAAUGAUCUAGGCGGCAAGGGAGAGAAGAAUAUUCUUUUGUACAUUGUUGAUGUCAUUCAAAUCGUGUUGAGAUUCAAUUUAAACAAAAAAUUAGACUUGGAUAAUUGCAAAAUAGCAUUGACUAUUUUGUAUCACAUCCUUCUUGAAUUCGAAGAGACUCCUGUUGAUAACAUUGGCGCCUACAGAUGGGUAGAGCUUUACCGUACCUUGAUCCAUUUUGUGAAGUUUGUGGCUAAGAACUUCAACGAAGAAGAUUUGAAGUAUGUGGUUGAAGAGGUCUACCUGAUCUUUGAUUUGAUUCUUGGACCCAGCUAUGAUGGAAUCUUUGAGAUCUCUGAAGAUUCCUGGAUCAUGGGCUCACAUUCUGUUAAGCUGGUCAAGUAUGAUUUACUUCUCACCAUGCUUCAGCACUUGCAACCGUUAGUCAACAUCUACGGUCGUUUUCUCCCCAAAAAGGAGAAUACAAAGCGGACAGAGCUUUACUUGACCAGGCUCACCGAAGAAUUUGAUCUUCUGGAAACUAGAGAGCGUGAUUUAUACGAAGUUAACGCUAAGCUCAGCAAGAUCAUGCUGGAGUUGGGAACGAACCCUGAAGACCACAAGAAGGAGAAACCGCCGUUGACGACGGUUUCAUUAGGAGCUUUCAAUUACGCCGAUACAUUCAAGUACUUGGACAGGUACCAAGACUACAUUGACUUCGACAAGCAGGUGGAAAUCCUCGACAUGUUUGCAGUGUUGUAUGAUUUUACAUGGGUUAGUCGGAGAGGCAAAAAGUAA